AUGUUAUUUUUCUCAUUCUUUGUUUUUUCUCACAUUUUUUCUUUUUGUCUUUAUCUCGCCUUUUCCCAUUCUUUGUGCUUAUUACUCUCUUUUUCUCUUUACGCGUCUCAUCCUGCUCCCACUCUUAUUUCUGUUGUCCUCUCUCUUUCUUUUUCUUUUUACUAUUAUUUACUCCUCUUCUCUUCUUCUUCUUCUUCUUCUUCUUCUUCUUCUUCUUCUUCUUCUUCUUCUUCUUCUUCUUCUUCUUCUUCUCUGCUCCUUAUAGUCACCUUAUUUUCCAACGUACGUUUCUUUCUUUUUACUUGCUAUCAAGACAAAACAACGCACAAGCAAAUCCCCUUAAAACAGUUACUCCUCCAACCUUUCCCACCGGACCAGCCCAGUUCCCCCGUUUUUCGCCAUCGUCUUCCACACACCAGGCCCCUAACUGUGACCAAGAGGAAUUCUCACCAUGAGUGA